AUUCAAAGCCUUGAGCUUAAAUAAACCGAAACAUCUUAACCACCAUGCGCGACUUUGCCUUCACACUCUUUUUUUCUUCUUACAACUGCUCGUUAGUUCAACUUCGGCCCUUUGUAUCUCAAUGGCCGCUUCGAGAUUCAGGGUUUCGUUUUCCAGGAUACUUGUUGGGUUAUGCCUUCUUUGUAUAACCCUGGAACAUAAACGAUUCGUCGCUGUGGGUGUCGAGGAGAUCCGAGUCGAGAAAGAUACGAAGGAUCCUUUAACCAAUGGUUCAGUUACUAGUAGCACUGCUGGUACCAGUGUUGAUGGAAGAUCAAGAUCCGAGCUUUGUGGUACUGAUCUAAGUUUUCUUGGUCCACCUUAUGGCAAUAUCUCUGCUUCCAAUAUGGUUUGUUCGCCUAUAUGGAAUAACUUUGUUUUGAGGUAUAAUCAGAGAUCAGACAAUUUGAUGACAAUAGUGUUAUCAGCAGUAUACACGACCGGAUGGGUGGGGAUCGGUUUUUCGAGGAACGGGAUGAUGCUUGGAUCGAGUGCCAUGGUGGGGUGGUUUAAUAAAAAAGAACAAGCGAGAAUCAGGCAAUUCUACUUGCAAGGUAGACAUACAUACCAAGUCAUAGCUAAUAAGGGUGAGUUGCCACUUAACAAUAUUCCACCCGUUGUGGCCCUUCACGGGGCCAUGAUUUACUUGGCGUUUCAAGCCAAGUUCGAACAUAGACUCGGUCGGCAACCGAUUAUACUGGCUUUUGGAACCAGAUACCCUAAUCAUUUGCACCUAACUAGACAUGAUGAUAAGGCCGCCGUUUGGUUUGACUUCUCUCAAGCGUCUGUUACAAACAUAGACAUAAGCCAGAGGAAGAACCAUGGGACAUUGGGUUUAUUAGGAUGGGGAUUAUUCCUUCCGGCGGGUGCUAUCGUUGCGAGAUACUUGAAGCACAAAGAUCCACUCUGGUAUUAUCUCCAUGCUGCGAUCCAGUUUCUCGGGUUCAUCCUCGGACUUGCAGCCGUACUCCUCGGAUUACAACUUUACCAAAGCAUGAAUGCCGAUAUUCCAGCUCAUAGAGGCAUAGGAAUCUUUGUGCUUGUGCUUAGCAUUCUUCAGGUGCUGGCUUUUUUCCUACGGCCUAACAAAGAUUCCAAGUACCGGCGAUAUUGGAACUGGUACCACCAUUGGUUCGGACGAAUGGCACUUUUCUUUGGAUCUGUGAACAUCGUAUUGGGGAUUCAAUACGCUAAUGCAAGGGAUGAAUGGAAGAUUGGCUAUGGGUUCCUUCUUGCUAUAACUUUACUUGUAAUUAUUGUUUUAGAAGCACUCUCCUGUUUGAGGAGAAGAAGAGAUGACAAGCCCAAUCUGCCUCCAAACUUCCAAAUGAAUCAAAUUUAGUAGUUCGUGUUGAGAAAAUCUUGGUAGUAUCGACAGAUCUAAGGGGUUGGUGACGAUGGGUAAUGUAUUUUGCAUCUGAAAGGUGUGCUCAGUUUUUUCGCCAGUUUGAUCAUUGAAGAAGUCAAUCCAUGGCCAACACCAUUGUUCGACUUAUACGAGACCUGGUUCGGGCUUUAACCCCUGACCGGAAACUGCUACGAAAUCCAUUUCAUGAGUGAGUUUUGUUCGUGUGAAAAGUGAUUAAAUAGCUUCCUAUAUGUUUGCCGAAGUUGAACCAUUCCAAUUUGAGUUUUCCAGAGAACAAACAUGACUCAGUUUCUUUUUCCCCUUCUGUGAAGUGUAAAUUUUAACCUUUCUCGCAAAAUGAAGCAUUUGUCUGUUCGUGGUCA